ACGUGCGCUCCAGGACUCAGAAGCUCUCUACCAUGAACAUUCGCGCAUCCGUUGCAUACAGUUUAUGAGACUGUCCACGAGAGUUCUUCUGGAUGACUUUCUGUCAGAUUCCGUUUAUUCGAUAAUUAUUUACAGAAGUUCGGGGUUCGUUCGUGCUGUGGGAGUCUGGUGGUGAUGAAUAUGUGGUGGACUAUAGACAUAAACUUUCGAAGCUCGAAAACAUGGGCGAAUUCGCCACGAUCGUGGUAAAUAUAGCAAAUUAUAAGACCGGACGCAUGCCUCGUGAGUUAUGUUGGCUGAAAGUGACUAUCACAAGUCCUACGCAACUCCUGUCGUGCACCAUGUCGCCGGCCAUCUGCCUUGGAUGGCAGCAGACAUCAACUGGUAGGCUGUAAUGAAAACCGUACUGCGAUUACAUCUCGUUCUGUGGCAAUUUUUGCUGCCAAUCCCGUCAAUUGUUGCUUUCGGUUUCAGAUCAAACUUAGAUUUGCGGGAAUAGCAAGAGUUAUAGCAAGAGAUUCUCGAGAUGUACAUGGUGAAAGCUCACCCGCGACCGCACAUCACAACGUUAGCAGUACCGAGGAACUCAUCAACUCACUAUGUAGAACACCUACACAUUUGCUAUUUCACAGUCAGAGACACUCACCCUCAUAUUUUCUAAUCGGCGAAAUUGCCAAUCUGACCAAGGCCUUCCCGCCUGACUCAAGAACCAUCAAGCACUUUAGCGAUAAGCUUCUUGAACCGAGGAGCCACACACCUUCCUGAUUCGGAAGCAAUCGCCAGGAUGACCGUUUUCCCACAAUAUCAAUGGUGGCGCAAAGGCAAAUCGUCCCGCAGACUACCACCAAGAUGGCAGUUGAUGCUCGCGCUGUUACCAGUGUGGCAGGUGCGAUUCCACAUCACGGCGCGGAUACUACAAUUCGGCGAUACGCGUAUUUGCAUCGCGCGACUUUAUAAACCGGCCAUCUCUCCAAUAUUGAGCGUGACAGGAAGAUUUGACAGUUCCUCCGUUUGCUUUCUGUUGACCAUGUGGAAAUCAUAUGUGGCGUUUUGCUCGACCGUGACGGCAGUUUUCGCUGCUCGUCUGCAGGGGGGUGCCGUUGUCCACCCUCACCGAAUGAACUCCUUCCACCUGCCUUCCGACGGACCUACUUCUAGAGCCCAGAUUCAGAACGCAACCUUCACACAGGAACUCGACCACAAAAAUCCUGGAGCUGGGAACUUUUCGCAAUGGUACAUGUACAGCACUGAGUUCUGGAAAGGACCUGGGUCUCCAGUCAUUCUUUUUACACCCGGUGAAGUCGAAGCGGCGGGAUACACCUCCUAUCUUUCCAAGAACAGGACCACGGGCGUUUUGGCUGAGGAAAUCGGCGCCGCCAUCAUCUGUCUCGAGCACCGAUACUGGGGAUUUUCCUCUCCUUACCCAGAACUGACAACGGAGAACCUGCAACAACACACGUUAGAUAACGCUAUUCAAGAUCUGGUCAACUUUGCUAGAAACGUCAAUCUCCCAUUCGACGAGCACCGUGCCAGCAAUGCGCAGGAUGUUCCUUGGGUCCUUCUCGGGGGCUCUUAUUCUGGGGCUCUCACAGCGUGGACUGAAAGCUUAGCUCCGGGUACAUUUUGGGCGUAUCAUGCGUCUUCGGCUGUGGUAGAGGCUGUUUCGGACUUUUGGAGAUACUUUGUGCCGGUCCAAGAAGGAAUGCCUGCGAACUGCUCCAAAGAUCUUUCCCUCGCUAUUGACAAGAUGGAUGACAUUCUUUUGAAUGGCUCGGACGAUGAUGUCCUGGAAUUGAAAACACAAUUUGGCCUGCAGAAUGUUACCCACAACGACGACUUUAUGGCUGCUCUCGAGAAUGGGCCUUGGUUGUGGCAAAGUAACCAGCUUUAUACCAACUACAGCGGCUUCUACCAGUUCUGUGAUCACAUCGAAGGAGUCUUUAAUGCGUCGAACGAGACAUACCACGCCAUCCCCGGACCAGAAGGUGUCGGCGCGGAGAAGGCAAUCGCAGGAUAUGCCAAGUGGAUGAAUGAAACCUACCUACCCGGAACCUGCGAGGACUACGGCUACGAUGAGUUCCAGGGCACCUACAACACUUACUGCUUCGACCAACACGACUUCAACAGUCCUCUAUUCCGGGACGAUUCGCUGGAGAACCAUAUUGAUCGCGCCUGGGUAUGGAUGACUUGCAACGAGCCUUUUGGCUACUGGCAAGAUGGCGCGCCCUCGGAGCGCCCCUCCAUCGUUUCUCGGCUUGUCGACUCAAAGUACUGGAUUGACCAAUGCGCCCUCUUCUUCCCUGACGGUCCAAAUGGUGAAACAUACGGUAUCAAAAAGGGCAGAACAGAGGAGGACGUCAACAAGUGGACAGGAGGUUGGGACGAUCGGAAUACGUCCAGGUUGCUCUACGUCAACGGCGAGCUUGACCCGUGGCGAGAGGCUACUGUAAGCGCGAAGGCACGACCCGGAGGACCCUUGGAAAGCACGGAACAACUCCCCGUGCUGAUCGUGCCGGGUGGUUUCCACACAAGUGACUUGAUCACCAGAAACGGCGAAGCCAACGCCGGAGUGAAGGCGGUACAAGACCAGGCAGUGUCGAUUCUUGCUCAAUGGGUCAGCGAGUUCCCAAAGGGCAACAAAACUGUUAAAUACUUCAGAAGUUAG